AUGCGCAAGACCGCGGGCGCGUCGACCGUCGCGCCGACCGUCGCGUCCUGCGCCAUCGGCCAGGGCAUCCAGAAGUACGUGCUGGUCCAGGCCGGCGACCGCUACUUCGUGCGCGGCAACACGCGCGCGGCGUACCACAAGGACGCGGCGCGCCCGCUCGUCGACGAGCUCACGGCGAUGGGCGUCGCGCACGAGGUGCUCGGCGGCGGCCGCAUCCAGGCGGACCUCGCGAACAAGAAGAUCGCCAUCUACGGGCAUAGCAUCGGUUUUCCCUGGCAGGGCGAGUUCCGCCACGACCUGUCCGCGGCCGUCGUCGCGGAGGCCUACCCGGACGCCGAGGUGACGACGUCCAACGAGGGGUAUUGA